CGCCGACUUCGCCUUGCCCGAAUGCCAGGACUUCCGCUAAGGAGAGAAGCAAACGGCGCCGCCGCUUAAGCGCAAUCCAAUCUCGGGCAGAUGCCUUCGAAGGGUAAGAAGCAGUCGAAGUCCUCGCUUGGACGCUCUCCCGCCGCUCCAUCUCCGGCUACUCCUUGCCGGGAACCGGUGAGCGAAGCCUCCGACGACGCCUUUAAUAGGCGGCUCCUCUCCGAUGCCGCUGCUCGGUUCCCUCACCUUAUAUCCGAGUCAGCCUUCCGCGGGGUAGUAUCUGACGCAGAAACGUUUCCCUCCAACGGCAGCCACUCCAGGAUUUGGCUUUCGGAGGCCUUUAUGGUUUCCUCCUCCCUUCGCCCCGGGUUUCUCGUCUCGGUUGCUUUAGCUGCAUCAGAAAAAGAACCUUUGAAGGAAUUCCCGUUGUACAGUUUCGUGGAGAACAGCAUCGUAAAUUUUGGAUUUGAUGUUGGCGGUAGCUUCUUAAAUAAAGUGGGAUUUUACUUUGCUAUUGCCAGUGUUUUUUCUUCUAAUAAGCUUCAAAAGAAUGGAGUGAGGUUGUCAUGGGGUCUUUCUUGCACCAUGGGUUUUCCUGCAAUUGGCCAAGCAUUAUUUAUUUUUUCCAUUGGAGAUUUUUCAAGUUGUCACAAUGAAAGCAAUAAAAACAAUACUUGCCAUCUUCGCUUGCACAAAUGCAGGAACCUUAACCUAAAUAUGCUUCCAAUUACUUUUCAUGACAGCAUACCUACCAACAGUAGUUUAACAGAGUCUGCCUCCACAGCAAAUGGAUAUGGAAAUUCUGAAUCUCCAAAAACUCCAUCCUAUCACUCAAAGCUUCCUUCGACUUUUACUACUCCGCUACACUUGAAAAUUUCCCAUCGCUCAUCUCAAGGUAGCUAUUCCUCUGCAUGUUUGGAUGUGUCAGCAUUGAAGUUGGCAUUGGCUGAUGAAGAAAGUAAAUUACUCUAUGAGAAAUUUUCUUCUCAAUGGCUUUAUGGAAGAUUUUUACUUCAAGGAAACCUUGUUGCUGUUCCAGUAUGUGGAAAAGUUUUGUUAUUUUCUGUGGAAGGUGCAGACGAGUUAACAACAAGAUGCUCUAGUCAAGAUCUGAUCUCUCAAGACAAUAAUGAUAUGCUGCUUGAUGGGGCUAAGAGGGUUAGCUCGUUGGGUACAGAGUACACAGCUCUCUAUGUGGAAGCUAAAACAAAAAUUUCUUUCUCUGGUCCCAUAUCUAGAGCUUUUGGAAGCUCAAGUGAACGAGUAAUUCUUGGAGGGAAUGCAUCUGAAUUUAUUAAUGGAAAGGAACCUAGUGAUUUACCAAUAUUGGGUGGUUUAUCUAAAGAAUUUGCUGCUUUAGAGGAAAUUAUUAAAUUUUCAUUAGCACAGAAGGAUCCUUUACUAAGGUACACUGGUGUACUUCUUCAUGGUCCACCCGGCACGGGGAAAACAACCUUGGCUUCAUAUUGCGUUCGUGAUGCUGGUGCUCGCCUUUUCUUGGUCAAUGGGCCUGAAAUUGUUAGUCAAUACUUUGGUGAAAGUGAGCAAGCAUUAAAUGAUAUUUUUGAUUCAGCAAGGAGAGCUGCUCCGGCUGUGGUCUUUAUUGAUGAGCUGGAUGCCAUUGCUCCAUCACGGAUGGGUGGAGGGGAAGAGUUGUCUAUUAGAAUGGUUGCAACUCUGCUAAAACUGAUGGAUGAUAUCAAAAGAUCAAAUGGAAUUCUUGUAAUUGCUGCUACAAAUCGACCUGACAGCAUUGAUCCUGCCCUGAGACGACCUGGCAGAUUAGAUCGAGAAAUUGAAAUAGGAGUGCCGUCUCCAGUUCAGCGGUUAGAUAUAUUGCAUACUCUUCUUAACCACAUGGAUCAUUCACUAAGUAACAGUGAGAUUGAGUCAUUGGCUUUUGAAACACAUGGUUUUGUUGGUGCUGAUUUAGCUGCCCUAUGCAAUGAAGCUGCAAUGACUGCCCUUCGUCGCCUUAUUAAAUUUGAGAAGCUUUUUAAGUGCUCACAUUCCAAAACUGGUGCGGUUGAUAAGGAUAAUCAAGCUCCUAAUAUCCAAGAAAUUGGGAAGGCAUCAUAUAAUGAUGAUUUGAAUUCUUUAUCAUCAUUCUUAUCAGAAUUGACUGUGUCACCAAUGCCAGUUUGGCAGGAUAAUUCUCUAAAUUUUACUGAAAGUAAUAGACUGUGCUGUUCACGUGGUUCUGAUGGAGAGGGACAAAAUAUUUUGUUAAAAGUAAAUGCUGAAGAUUUUGAAGUCGCAAAGAUGAAAGUGAGGCCUAGUGCUAUGCGUGAGGUAAUGCUUGAGCUUCCUAAAGUUAGUUGGGAGGACGUUGGUGGCCAAAGAGAAGUAAAAAGGCAGUUGAUUGAAGCAGUUCAAUGGCCACAAGUACAUCCAGAGGCUUUCAAACGUAUUGGGGUUCAACCUCCUAGGGGAUUAUUAAUGAUUGGUCCUCCUGGUUGUAGCAAGACCAUGAUGGCCCGAGCAGUAGCUGCAGAAGCAAAGCUAAACUUCCUUGCAGUCAAGGGGCCUGAACUUUUUAGCAAAUGGGUUGGGGAGUCUGAGAAGGCUGUGAGAUCAAUUUUUGCAAAAGCAAGGGUGAACGCUCCUGCAAUUAUAUUCUUUGAUGAAAUAGAUGGCCUAGCAGUAACUCGUGGAGCAGAAAAUGAUGGUACUUCUGUUGCUGACAGGGUUCUGAGCCAACUGCUGGUAGAAAUGGAUGGUCUUGACCAGAGAGUCAGAGUUACUGUUAUUGCAGCUACUAAUCGUCCUGACAAGAUAGAUGCUGCACUUCUACGACCAGGACGAUUUGACAGGAUUUUGGAUGUUCAACCACCAAAUGAAUUGGAUAGGGAAGAUAUUUUUCGGAUACAUACACGUCAUGUGCCUUACAGUUCUGAUGUCAACCUAUCGGAGCUUGCUCGCCUUACUCCAGGAUAUACUGGAGCAGAUAUAAAGCUUGUGUGCCGAGAGGCAGCUGUUGCAGCACUAGAAGAAAACUUGGAAAUAUCUGAAGUAUCCAUGGAACAUUUCAGGAUUGGAAUAAGAAGGGUAUAUCCUUCAGAAGUUAUUUUUUAUCAGGAACUUGCAGAGCAGUUUCGGAGGCUUGUUGAUGGUGGAUCUACCUGAGCUGAAUGGUCAAUUUGACUUUUCAAGUGGACCUAACUUUUAGAGAUGGUCAAGUCGACAGAUCUGACAAAGGGAGUUUUGCAAUACAUGAGGUUAUCUCAAUUUGCUCCUUUACAAGAGAAGAGGAGGUUGCUAUCCAGAGUAUGAAAUCCCUCUUUGAUGAUAGGAUUGUUGAUCAUAUUACUGUAGAAUUUACUGGUGGAGACCCUUGACGUUAGAGGGAAAUCACUUAAGGAUUAUCGGGCGUCCGGAGCCUUUGAAGGUUAAAUGAAAUUGGGGAUAUGUCAUACGAAUUUUUUUCCUGCCCUAUACAAUUGUUCAAUCUGCAGAAGUGCUACAUAGUUUUAGAAAGAUGCAUUUCUUGUGUACCGAAGUGCUAAAUAUUUUUAUCUGGCAUUCUGACUGUAAGGCCAGUUGGUUCCCUGUUA